AUGGACCUCUCCGACAGGGAUAACGAACCGUCAUCCUUGCUGAUGGGCUCGACGGCUGCCUCUUAUCCGACUGUGUGGGCCAUGGAGAGUCUAGCCAAGACCGGCGUUGAAGGCACUGGUCUUUGGCCCCAAGACGACUGCGAGGAUUUGGCGAUGCCUAAAGUAGAAGCCAUGGAUGAUGACCUCGACAUGAGCCUACUAAACCAGCUACCUACUGCAGGUAUAGAAGAAGGAGUCGUACCGAAAACCGCCGAGGUGAAACCAAAACGCCCAAGAGGUCGCCCACGAAAGCACCCGCUUACACCCAUCGUCAACACCAACAAGGUAACCAAAGGUCGCUCAAAAACCGGCUGCAUUACCUGCCGGAAGAGGAAGAAGAAGUGUGAUGAAGCAAAACCCCGAUGCAUGAAUUGCGAGAAGAACGCCGUGGUCUGUGAGGGCUACCACGAGAAGCAGAUCUGGAAAAGCGGCAAGGAGAGGGCCGAGGAGGCGCGCCUUCGGAGAGAGAGCCUACCCGUGAUCACCAUGCAGCCUCUCUUCCACGGCAUGGAAACUCUAGAGGACAGCAUUUUCUGGAAGCACUACUGCAACCAUCUCAGCAACGUCCUAACGGUAGAAGGAGAACACCGAAAUGCAUUCAAGGACAUCGUGCUCCAGAUAGCGACGCGGCACAAGGGUCUGAUGCACUCAAUACUCGCACUCAGUAGCAAGCACAUUGACUACGCCACCCCAUAUGGCGCCAAAGUUCUCCAGGAUAACCCCGAAACGUCGAUUGAAGCCCUCCAGACCCGAGCCGAUUUCCACCACGAAGAGUCGAUGAAGUGUUUCUACGACGACAUCUCCAAGUCAAAUGACAAGGACGACGCGGAGAAUACUAUUAUCCUCACGGCUCGAUAUGGUCAAAUGCUUUGCCUUUUGCUUCAGACGCUAGUUGAAGGAAACCCGAGGGGCGAGCAUAGGGUACACCUCCAGGCGUACAAGAAUCUAAUAAAGCACUCGCCGCCAGAGGACCCCGGUUUCCUGAGCUUCAUCACGGAAUUUUUCGAAUAUCACACCUUUGCCGACGAACUCCUCGCGUACCCUUCGAACUCGUACGGCCUACGGUGCGAUUCCCUACUCGACAUUGGAGAGUGGCCUCCGGAAGUUGGUCUUCACCCGCCGCGGCUCAUCGGUGUAACUGACGGGCUCUUCGGAUACAUGAGACGGAUAACGGGCAUACGGAAUACAAUCCGGGCUAACAUGGCUACCAACGCAGGGAUGGUGGUUGACUACGAGAGCCUCUACCACUCCGCGGAGAUUAACGCUUCGAUCCGUUCAUGGAUGCCUCACUGGCCUCCCGGAGAUAGCAGGGAUAGGGUAUCCCUCCUCUAUAAGCAGACCAUGUGGGUUUAUCUCUUCCAGACAGUCAAUCCGCCAACCAACAGUGGGUGCCUACCUGCUCUUUGGAACUCGCCGGAGGGCCUAGUGGACACGACUGCCAUCGAUUCACAAGUGCCCCCAAGUCCGGUAUCGAGUAGCGUCGAUCCUCACACCGGAGAGCUUCGCCGUCGCUCCUGCCCGUCACCGUCGACUUCGAUCUCGGGCGCCCAUGAUGUAUGCAUGGCACACCAAGCGACACCCCGCGACCAGUAUCUAUGCAUGGUGAGGUCAGUCUCGAUUCGAUUCACCAACAAUCGCCAACAUCUCCAUCUCCUCCCGUACGACGGCUCGUUAUCCAAGAUGCCCGCAUGGCAUUGGCGAUAG